UCGUCCGUCCAUCCUCUCGUCCCGCUGCUCCUCUACAGCGACAGACACUUCCCCCCCUCCUCCCCCUACAGCCAGCCAAUCAGAGCGGCCGCUGCCUCGCGGGCCGACGCCCACUCUGGGACACGCCCCUGUUACCAUGGCAACACCGUCACCAGCCGGCCGGCGGUGAAGAAGCCUCUGAACGCCUUCAUGCUCUACAUGAAGGAGAUGAGACAGUCGGUGGCUCAGGAGGGAGGGCAGCGGGAGAGCGCCGCCAUCAACCGCAUCCUGGGGCGCCGGUGGAACGCCCUGCCCCGCUCCGAGCAGUCCAAGUACUACGACCUGGCCCAGAAGGAGAGGGUCCUGCACAUGAAGCUGUACCCCGGCUGGUCGGCCCGAGACAACUACGGCAAACGGAAGAGGAAGCAGAACCAGAACCAGAACCAGCAGGCGACAGGAAGCUGCUGCAGCUCCACGCUCUGUCUUUAGACACUAAAAGGUCAGUCCAGCUUUUAGAACUCGGUCUGAUCCGUUUUUAUUAAACAUCCGCCACCGACUCAGAAGUGAUGAAAACACGUUUGACAUGAAUCGAAAUGUGUUUAAAGUCACAAAACGGGCUCAAAAUGUCUAGAAGAUGAAACAACUUCCUGAAAACUGACCAAAGAUUCGUCUGAUGUGACAAAAACGGAAUAAAAACGUGAUUAAAACGACUCAACAAGUGGAGAAUGUGACAGAAAUUUGUCCGAAAUGACUCAAAAAUCCUCCAACAUGAAAAAAAACGUAAUUAAAACAAAAGAAUGAGGAGCCAUACAUGACAAAUAAUUAGUCUAAUGCGACAAAAACACGACAGAAUCUUUAAGAAUGACACAAAAACUUGAUGACAAAAUGAAUCGACAUGUGUUUAAAGUCACAAAAAUGGGUUUAAUAUGGCUCCAAGUUUGUAUAUUAUGGAAAAAGCUGGAUCAGAACCACUCAACAUUCGGUCAAAGUGGCUCAAAACGAAUCCGAUACUACAUGAAUUCAACAGUAAAUGGUCGUCUGUGACAAAAUCCUGAACGUUGGUGUGUUCAUGUGUAAAUUGAUGAACGUGAGCUUGUUGUGAAUAAACACUCUGUCGUUUGUUUGUUUGUUGCAGCCGGAUGAACAGAACCGUGUGAAGAACCCUGAAAACAACAAAAACCACACUGAAGUUCUGUCGGUGCUCCAACGGUACAAAUAAAUAACAAAAGGUUGACUUCCUGUCUCAUGUCGUCACUUUGUUGAUGUCAAUAAAGUUAUUUUUAAAUAAAGAACAGAAAAACCAGCGACGUGAGCUGAACAUAAGUCGUUUAUUAUGGAAGCAGACGCGAUGCGACGCCUUCACGCGGCUUCUGGUGGGAAGUCAGAGUCUGCAGACAGUUUUUCUUUAACAACAAUAUAAAAGGCCGCCGCUGAGGCUUCAGGCUUCAAUACUUUAACUUAAAUAACAGACGAGCACAGAAACAGACGAACAGCAACACCCAUGAGCUCACGCUGACGAGUCGGACUGUUUCUAAACGAUGGACGGAGCGACGUGAUGAGAUCUGGUUUAUCGUGACCGUCGUUUACCGAAUAAACCAGACACUCGUCAGAGAUGUUCACAGAGGUAACAGAUCAAGACAGAGCUAAUUAACUUCAAGUCUGCGUCCAUCGUUUAUCCACAGCCUGUGAGCCAUGUGGCGUUAGCACCAGGAACAUUUAAGCCCUAGAUACUGGAGGUUGGCUAGCUAGCGAGCUGGCUAGCUUACAGACAUCACAGUCACAUAGAAUAAUCUCAAUAUUUAAACAUUUAGUCUCAGUUGUCCUUGUUGGGUAGUGGCACAUUCACUUUUCACAGAGCUAGCAUCAGAAAUGAGGCAUAGCUAGCUGUUUAGCCUUGGUCCAACCUAGCUAGCUUACAUCCAAACUGCAGUAUUUAAAGUUGUUUUCUUUGUCCUGCCUGAAGUAGCUCAGCUUGUGUGUUUGCUGAUGCUUCAUGUGCCUUGUGUGCGUGCUACAUGUGUUUGGCUAGCAGUAGCAGUCAUUCAUCAAACAAACAGUUCUGCAUAACGAGCUAGCCAAGAGCUACACUACAUUGGGAAUGUAGCGUAGCUAGCAGUUUAGCUCGGAAUCAACUCUCUGGCUAGCCUUCAAACGAGAGACAAAUACUUAUUUUAACCUUUCACAGACACUAGACACGUUUUCAUACUUUAGUAUUACUGAUGAAAAAAAAGGCUGUUUCUGAUGAAGACCUAGCAUGUGGCUAACUAGCUAGCGGUUUAGCUCCGAGGCCAGGUGAGGACACUGAUGUUUGGCAUAAGGAUGAAUUUCACUGAUAAAAGAUGCUGAAGAUGUAAACGUAGUAACACGGUUCUGGUUCCUCCUCCUCCUCUGUCAGCUGGUUCUGAUAAAUAAACCGUCCAGAUGGAUCCGUUCCCAUCGGCUCGGCUCGGUUCUCUCCUCCCCCGUCCUCACUCGUCCCUCCCCCCCUCCACGAUCCGGUACCUCUGCCUGCAGGAUGGAAACGCCAGCGGCCAAGAGAACACGACCGGAACCGUCGUCUGCACGUUCCGCUCCAGGAAGUUGAAGACCGGGUUCCACCAGGUCCUGGACAGGUAGUUGUUGG